GUCUCUCGCGGGGCGGGGCGAGAGCAAUGCGCAGGCGCUCUCGGCCGGGCCGGGGCGGAGGCGGUUUGAACUGCGGCGGGAGGCGGCGGCGCGGCGCGGCUGCGAUCCGGUCGUAGCGUAGCACUGAGCGCGACCGGUCAACAUGGAGCCUAUCCUGCAAGGUGUUUCAGCAUAUGUAGAAGUAUGGUCAUCCAAUAGAACAGAGAAUUAUUCAAAAACAUUUGCACAACAACUUCUGGAUAUGGGAGCAAAAGUUUCAAAAACUUUUAACAAGCAAGUGACUCAUGUAGUCUUCAAAGAAGGACAUUUGGCUACGUGGCGAAAAGCACAGAAGACUGGAGUAAAACUAGUUUCUGUACUCUGGGUGGAAAAAUGCAGAGAAGCUGGUGCCCAUGUUGAUGAAUCAUUAUUUCCUGCAAUAUAUACUAACGAAGGGUUACCCCUUCUAAUUAAAAAACACAAAUGCAUGCAGCCCAAAGACUUCAUUGAAAAAACACCAGAAAAUGAUAAAAGACUACAAAAAAAAUUGGACAUGAUGGCUAAAGAACUAGAUGUACAAAAAACAGCAACCGAAACCGAUAUACCUAUUUUAUUAUUUGAGGAUGAUGGUUCACUUGCAUAUAGCCCUACAAAUAAGAUUAAAGAUCAAUGCAGUGCAAUGGAAAAGAGAAUAAAGGACAUGAAGGAAAAAAGGGAAAAUCUUUCCCCUACCGCUUCACAAAUGUCUCAGAUAUCUACACUUAAUUCAACACAGCCUGGAUAUGGAGAGUCUCUUGGUGUCACCAGUUCUGCAAGUGCAUUGCUGCCAGAAGAACACAUCAGUGAUUCUUUAAACUCGAGUUUUGAUAUUUGGGGAAACUGUAAAUACAAAAAUCAGAAACCAGCAUCAGCUGAAAGUGAUAUUUAUGUUUCAACACCUGCAUCAGAGCAUUCUCUGUUUUCCAGCAGUGACCAAGGGAACUUAACUCCAAAAUCAUCUAACAGAAAACAUUUAAACAAAAAACUAAUUUUGCAACGCCCUCUAGAAGAUAAACUCUUUGCUAAAGAGAGAAAAUCUAAAGUCUCCCUUAACCUAAAUCAGAGUGGUGCAGAUACUCUGACUUCUGCAUUGGUUUCAACCAAAAGUUCUUUUCUCCAGGAAAAAGACUUGAGUCACACCACUCUUUCCCCCAAAAUUGUCCAAUUGGAAGCUGCUGCAGUUACCACAGGUAAUCAGUCUGAUUCAUUAGUGAGCAAUGAAGAUUCUAUUAAUAUGCAUUUGGGUGACAUAAAUAUUCCUGUUGACACAAGGGAUUGUAGUGUCAGAUACAAAAUAAGGGGAAAACCAAAAAGAGAAAAAUAUAAUAUGAAAUUGACCACAUUGGCAUUAUGUAAGAUAGGGUCUGAAAAUGAGUUUCUUCUAGCGAUGACCACACGUAACAAGUCAUCGGACAUAGAGGAAGCUUCAUAUGAAGACUUUUUUUCACCUUCUAAUUUGAAGAAAAGUGAAAUGCACGUAAGACACUUUCCUUUGCAAGUUCAGCAGAAUUCUCCAAGUGCUCCUGAAGUGAGUUGCAAAAGAGACUUUUUAAGCCACAAACAAGAUAGAUUGUUUGAAGGGUCAGAUAAACAGUGCAUUGCUGUUUCCAAAAAAAGGAAAAGAACUGUUAAGACAAGCGGUGUUUCAACAGAGAGUGACUGCAAGCUAACUGAAUGUUCCGAAAGUACAGUAAGUGUGACCUUAAACUGCACGUCAGGUGGAGUAAAUACUGAGACUGCAGAAGCCCUGGGUUCUAGCCCUCUGAAUCAACUGCAUCAAAAUGGUCAGAAAAUAACCUGCAGAACUAGUGUGAAUAGCUGCCCUCAAGCUACUGGUAAGUUGCUCCACUCAAAUGAAAAUUCAAAGAUGCAGCAUCAUGAUGCAUUAAAAAUGUUUGUGCAACUAAAUUCUGAAAUGGACUACCAUGUUGAGGGAAAACAAUGGCUUUCAGAAACUAGACUACCAGAAGAAAAUACUGCAUUGAUGGCAUCGGAUUCUUUAAAAAGUGACAAAAUAGGUGCUGUGGAGCCAAAAGAACACCCACUUACUUUUCCAGACUCUACAAAUACAGAAAAGUCAACAGGAAAAAAGAAGGAAAUCCUGCUCAAAAAAUGCAGUCCAAGUAUUGAAAAUGAAACUUCAGUAUGUGAGGCUACAGAUGGCUCUUGUGAAGUUUUUAAUGAAAACAAGAAUAAGCCUUGUGGGGAAUCAAAGAAAACUGGGAGAAUCAAAAAGCCAACAAGAACAUUAGUCAUGACAAGCAUGUCCUCUGAGAAGCAGUGUGCAAUAAUUCAGGUGAUGAAUAAACUGGGAGGCUUUUUGUUUUCGGAUGAUGUAUGUGAAACGACUACUCACGUGGUUACAGGGAGUCCUCGUCGCACCUUGAAUGUAAUGCUGGGAAUUGCCCGGGGCUGCUGGAUUGUGUGUUACGAAUGGGUACUGUGGUCUUUGGAAUGUGGACAUUGGAUUUCAGAGGAACCAUACGAACUGUCAGCCAAUUUCCCUGCAGCUCCUAUCUGCAGACUUCAACGCCACCUGUCAUCAGGAAAAUAUCAGCAGGACCUCUUUUCAAGUCAGCCUGUAAUGUUUAUAUCUCUUGCCAGUCAACCGCCAUGUGACAAGCUAAGAGAACUUGUUCAGUUGUGUGGAGGAAAAAUAUGUAAAACCCUACGUCAGGCCAAAAUCUAUAUUGGAGAAUAUUUGGGAAAGAAGCAACCUGAAAUAAAAUAUUUAUCAGAAAAAUGGAUACUAGAUUCAGUCACUCAGCACAGGAUAUGUCCUCUGGAAAACUACAUGUUCCAGCAAUGAGCGAACUCAAGAGCCUCCUUAUGGUUGUGAGAAAAUUAGUAAAGGUGUCCAGUUUUCAAUUAAGUAAGAAGCUGAACAAACAGUGAAUACAAGAUUUUAUGAAGAGACAGUAAUGGGUUUUUAAAUACAGCCAAAAGUUUGGUACAGUGUGGUGAGUCUCAUCUAAAUGUCUGUCUAAUGAAAUCCUUUGAUUAGCCUUUUGUAAUAAGGUAUUUGCCCAAUAAAAAUCCUUUUGCUUUGUA